AUGUUCCGCCCCCUUAGCACCCGCCUCGCGCGGACGGUUCGUCCCAUCACUCAGCACGCCCAGGUACGCGCCAAGUCCUCCCAGACUUCUGCCACCGCAGCCCAAGCAAGCAUCGCGGCCACCAAACCCCAGCAGCAACAGCAGUCAAGAUCAAUCAGCGGCAGUCCCAAUGUUAAAGAGAAGCCCCAUCCCGGCCAGUACUCGAGAACCGACCCCGACGUCACGGUCGAGUACCCCGAGGACCAUGAGCUUCCCUCCAGUAAGCCCGUCCGCGGCCACGGCGGUGGCAUUGGCAAGCCCACACUUGCAUCCUUCUCUCUGGAGGGCAAUGUCGCCGUCGUCACCGGCGGUGCCCGUGGUCUAGGUCUGGUUAUGGGCCAGGGCAUAGUCUACUCAGGCAGCGAUCUCGCCAUUGUCGACCUGAACAAGGAGGAGGCAGAGCUCCAGGCCAAGAACCUGAUCGAGGCAUUCAAGAGAGAAAACCCCGAGGCAAAGAGAGCCCCCAAAGUGACUGCUCACCACGCAGACGUUUCAGACCCUGCGUCCGUCGAGGCAUGCCUUGCCGAGGUCCUCGCUGCCCACGGAAAGAUCGACAACCUAGUUACGUCGGCUGGCUUCACCGAAAACUUUGAUGCUGUCAACUACCCGAUCGACCGCAUGCGCAAGCUCUGGGGCGUCAACGUGGACGGCACCUACCUCUUCGCGAUUGGCGUUGCGAAGCACCUAAUGGAGCGCAAGUCGCCCGGCAGCAUGGUCUUCAUUGGCAGCAUGUCUGGCUCCAUUGUCAACAUCCCUCAGCCCCAGGCGCCUUACAACGCUGCCAAAGCCGGUGUCCGCCAUUUGGCCGCUUCCUUGGCCGUCGAAUGGGCCCAUGCCGGCAUUCGCGUCAACUGCAUCUCCCCCGGCUACAUGCUCACAGCUUUGACCGAGAAGAUCCUCGACGACAACCCAGACCUGAAGCAGAAGUGGACUUCCCUGAUUCCUCAGGGUAAGAUGGGUCAGCCCAAGGACUUGAUGGGUCCUGUGACCUUUCUUCUGUCCGACGCUUCUCAGUACGUCACGGGCGCGGAUCUCCGUGUCGACGGCGGAUACACUGUCACAUAA